GGUAAAGGUAAUAGAAUAUAGAUUGGUAGAUAGAUAAGUGUAGACAGAAAGACUGUAGUAGUGAAAAAGGGCGUCGUCAUUUUUCCUAAUCGAUCUGCUAUUAGGAAGUGUUUCAUUUGUUGUUUCUUCAUUUCAAAAUUAGAGAAGGCUGUGUUGUCUUUAUCGACCAAAUAAAAGUGUAUAACAGAACCAUCCGUUCAGCAGCAGUAAUUUUUUGUAAUUGAAAGUAGAGCAGAGUCGUAUCACACCAAACGGAAACAUGUCCAGAAAUGCUCUCGUCACCGGUGCAGCGCAGGGCAUUGGACGAUCCAUAGCUAUUCGUUUAGCUAAGGAUGGUUUUAAUGUGGCUGUUAACGACAUUGACAAAUUUUCCGGUGAGCUAAGCAAGGUACAAAAGACCAUACAAGAAAUGGGUCAGAAGUCGAUUGCUAUCAUUGCUGAUGUUUCCAUCGAAAAGGAGGUUGAGUCAAUGAUGAAAAGUGUUGCGGCACAAUUGGGUAGUUUAGAUGUCGUUAUUGCUAACGCUGGUAUUGCUCAAGUAAAACCGUUCCUUGACAUAACACUGGACGAUUGGGAGAAAAUGUUUGCGGUGAAUGUACGUGGUGUUUUUCUCUGUUAUAAGGAAGCAGCCAAAGUGAUGAUAGAACAAGGAACUGGUGGAAAAAUUGUCGGUGCAUGCAGCAUCGUUGGAUACCGUCCAUUUCCAAUGUUGAGUCACUACUCAGCGUCCAAAUGGGCUGUGCGCGGUUUAACCCAGGCCGCCGCAUUGGAACUGGCCAAACAUAAGAUCACCGUAAAUGCUUACUGUCCCGGUAUUGUUGGAACGCAGAUGUGGGAUACUAUUGACGAGUCGUUGGCGACGUACGAGAACAAAGUGAAGGGAGAAGUCAUAAAGGAAUAUUCGGAUAAAUUGAUUGCCCUUGGUCGUACAAGCGUACCAGAUGAUGUGGCUAACUUUGUCUCGUUUCUUGCUAGUAAGGAUUCGGAUUAUAUGACUGGGCAGAGCGUCAUUAUUGAUGGGGGAAUUCAAUUUUCCUAAGUCAUCAGAACAUUGUUU